AUGUCGUUGGACUACAAGAAGUUCCUGCUUUUUGGUGAUUCAAUUACGGAAUUUGCGUUUAAUACGCGAGCCGACUCUGGCCUACCAGAGCAGUUUUCCCUCGGGGCAGCUCUAGUUAAUGCCUAUACAAGAAAGCUAGAUAUUGUGCAAAGAGGGUUCUCUGGAUAUACGAGCAGAUGGGGUUUAAAAUUGCUGCCAAAAAUACUGGAGAAUGAGGGACCGAAUGUCGUUAUGACAACGAUCUUUUUCGGAUCCAACGAUGCUGUUCAAGCUGGUCCACAGGCAGUAGAAUUAAGUGAGUUUAAAAAGAACAUAAAUUCGUUGACUCAAUUGAUGCUGGACAAGGGUAUCAAGCCGAUUCUCAUUGGACCCGCAUUACAUGAUAAAGAGGUAUGGGAACCAACCAAACCACAGGAAGUGAGUAUGGGUUACGUACGCUCGAGUGAGGCCAAUAGGAUCUAUGCUGACGCGGUGAGCGACGUUGCUGCUGAAAACAAGGUUCCGUUCGUGGAUCUGCACAAAGCUUUCACUGAAAAGGGAGGUGAUCAUUGGCAAGAGCUCCUACUCGAUGGUGUCCAUUUUUCAGGCAAAGGCUAUGAGGUCUUCUUCGAUGAGCUUUUGAAAGCGAUUCGAGGGUGGUACCCUGAAUUGGCUCCCGAGAGAAUUCCAUACAAAUUGCCAAAUUGGCGCGAGGUCAAAAACGACGGUUCAAACCUUGACGAGCUGAUUUGA